UUUGUGCUGCUGUGAGCUGCGUGCUGUGUGAGGGGCGCUGCGUUGUGUGGAGUCGCCGAGUUUUGGGGCUGGGCUGGGUAGGGCUGGGUAGGGGUACCGGGUACCAUGAGCCCGCUGGACAGUUGAACGAUCCGUGUUCAACUGAGCUGCGUCCCGUUUCCCAGCCAUUUUAAGCGCCGUCAGGCGAGCGCUUCGGGUCGGUGUUUGCGUGUCGACGGUUUUCGGCGUGUGUGAUUUCAUUGAGUGCCGGUGUGUGCGUGUGUGCGUGUGUUUGACGUGUAACAGUGAAGUGAUGACGUGUGAACCGGGCCCGUGAAAAUGGCCCUGCUUGAAGAAUGGAACGGACGUUGUAGAGAGUUCGAGCGUCGUCGGUAGAAGGAGCAGGACAGAGAGACCGUUGUGCCCACCUGUGGAUUACUUGCUGCACGUUUUGGAUUACUCCGCGCUGGAGCCAUGGAUAAGAUUCGCGCCGGCAUCAGCAAGCUCAUGGGCCAGGGCGGCGGCCAGGGCGGCGGCCAGGGCGGUGGCGGCGAGAAGGUGCGCAGCCCCAACCGGAGGAUGGACCGACUGCGGCGCAGCUUCCGCGACAGCUUCCGGCGGCGGAAGGAACCCUCGCUGCCGGAGAGCUCCAAGCCCCACCAAUGGCAGCUGGACGAGGCGGCCGUCAGGGCCGGCACCUGCUGCUUCCACGUCAAGUACAUGGGCUGCGUGGAGGUGUUCGAGUCCCGGGGCAUGCAGGUGUGCGAGGAGGCCCUCAAGGUGCUCAGGAACUCCCGGCGGCGGCGGGUGCGCGCCAUCCUGUACGUGUCGGGCGACGGGCUGCGCGUCGUGGAGGACGAGACCAAGGGCCUGAUCGUGGACCAGACCAUCGAGAAGGUGUCGUUCUGCGCGCCGGACCGCAACCACGACAAGGGCUUCUCGUACAUCUGCAGGGAUGGCACGACGAGGCGGUGGAUGUGCCACGGCUUCCUCGCGCUGCGUGAGUCGGGCGAGAGGCUGUCCCACGCCGUGGGCUGCGCGUUCGCCGCCUGCUUGGAGCGCAAGCAGCGGCGCGACAAGGACUUCGGCGUCACCAUGAAGUUCGACCCCAAGGACUCCACCUUCACCCGGUCGGGCAGCUUCAGGCAGCCCUCCCUGACCGAGCGCCUCGCCGACCCCCAGGAGCUGAAACCUGCCGAGCCCGUGCCCGCAGCCCCGGCGCACAAGGCGGGCAACCCCUUCGCCAUCGAGCGGCCCCACGCCACCGUGUCCAUGCUGCAGCGGCAGGGCUCCUUCCGAGGCUUCUCGCAGCUCAACCAGGCCUCGCCCUUCAAGCGGCAGCUCUCCCUGCGCAUCGGCGACCUGCCCUCUAACCUGGAGCGCCAGCGCUCGCUCAGCCUGGCCAGCGAGUCGUCGCGACCGCAAGUGAGCCCCAUCCCAGAGUCGUCUCCCCUGUCAAGUCGCAGCGGGACCACUGCCACGCCGUCCGCGUCCCCCGCCCCCGCCCUGCCCCCCGCAGACCCAGUGAGUGCCAUGUGCCAGCAGCUGUCUCAGGGCCUACAGCUCCUGUCCCUGACGGACGAAUUUUCGCUCGACAGCAUAACAUCGAAAAACAACAACAACAAUAAUAGUAUGAACUCCGCCAACGGCUUGUGGACGGGUCCGGUCAAGGCUGCUUCCAUCGACACCAAGGACCCCCUCGCGUGGACCAACACCACCCUGUGGCCGCGGUCCGACGGCGCACCUUCCCCCGCCCCCUCCCCCGCCCCCAGCACCUCGCCCGCGCCUCCCGCGCCACCUGCACCGUCAGAGUCCCCUGUCCCCGCGGCCCCGACGGUCGUCCCAGUACCCCCCAAGGACCUACCCCGGCCAGAGCAGUGGCUGGGCAAGAUCGCGACGGUGGUAAAGCCCGCUGCCCCCACCCCCGCCUCCCCCGUCCCCUCGCCCAGGAGAGCUGGCAUGCUGGGUAGCCAUUCGAGAGCGUACUCGCUGGGCUCGGCCGAAUCCUACAUGGGCGUGGCCAGCAUGAACGCCAACGGCCACCACGGCCACCACGGCACCUCGGCCACGGACCCCUUCAACGUGGACUGGGCCGCGCCGCCGCACGCGCACGCGCAAGUCAGCACCGCGGUGCACCACCCCGCCCACGCCCUCGCCCACCCCCUCCCCCACCCCCAGCCCGUUCCCCCCGCGCACGCCUCGCACGCCAGCAGCACCAACCCUUUCCUCGGCAACCCGGUCUCGGUGAAGGCCUUCGAGGUUCGCAUGUGACGCUAGCGCUCUAACGCAAGCGCGGUCUCCUCCCUGACUAGCUUGGCCACUAGCGGGGCCCUAGCGAUGCUGUAGGUAGACAGAGACAGUACUUACUAGCCGGCUGUGUGUGCGAGCAGGAUCAAGGCCUUCCCCGCUCGCACUGAAACAUAUCUAUAUCUAUAUAUUUUUGUAUAUAUUUGUUGAUGUAAGGAACAAGCAUCUCAGUGAAAAGUUUGGAGAAAGGACCACACCAGGACCUUGAUGGGGUGUGACAAGCCCAGACUCCAGGGCCUGGCCGGGACAAAGAUAAGGUUUCUGUAGGGGAGUGGGAUGGGGAGGGGAAAUGGGAGGGGGAAGUUGUUGGACGUAUUAUGUUGAUGAGUGACUUAAUUGUUUGAACGUGUUAAUGUGAUACCAUAAAAUAAGUACUUAAUCUGUGGUAGGUAGUGCAGGUAGCUCAUUUCUGCAGGUGUUGUUUGGUACAAUAUUCCUUUAGUGUUGGUUGUGACGGUACAUUAGAAGUGCCAAUAGCAUUACGGAGUGCCGGCCUCGACGCGCUCCCACCUUAUUUCCUUCUGUACUUCACUGUUGAUAUACCACAGGGCUGUUGGCCCAUCUGCAUUCUUUCCCAAUUUAGCUUAUGAAGAUGCCUGUAUCUAACAUGUGUACUUUACCAGACAUAUAUGUAUGUAUGUACAUAGUAGUAGUAUGCAUAUACACAUUUAUAAAUAUGUAUACAUAUAUUAUUAUACAAAUAAUUUAAGAAUGAGAUGUGUGAGUGUGUGUGUGUGUAUAUAGUGUAUAAAGUAAUAUUCUUAAUACAGUAUAGUAUACUGCUACAAAUGUUAAAAAAUCUGAAAACUGCAAAAUUUUAAUUGAGACAAAAAAGAGGCUGUGCCCACACCGUACGCAUAUCCUUCAAUUUCUUUCACUUGUUGCUUAGAGUGAAAUUCUUUAUUUUAUUUUUGUAACCCAAAUACUUUUCUGUUCCUUAUGCUGGCUUUGUACCUUACCUAUAUUAUAUAAUUCCAUAGAGUUAUUCCAUAGAAUGAACAUGAUUUUUGUCAGUUCACUAUACAUAUCAUGAAACAAGCUGGUAACAAAAUCAAAUUUUUAUAGCAUAUUCUAUGACAUGUUGAAAAUGUUAUCAAUAUCUUUCAUAACAAAUACUAGCUCAUGUGCUCCAACUUGUUUUAGCUUAGUCAAUGCCCAAUAUUUAAGCGAGUGAUGUUAUCUAUUUAACACACCUUUGGCCUGCCAUUGUCUGCCACUGAACAUAACAGGCUAUCAUCUAGUUUCACCAAAUUUGGCAUGGAGUGAGUAUAAGUUAAUACAAAUAAACUGGAGUGAAGCUAAAAUUGUCGCUCAUGGCUACUAUUUUAAGCUUUAACGGUUAAGGCUGAAGUGUAAGACAUUCUCACAGAUAGCUUUAUAAGCAGCUCAGCACUAGAUCUCCCUUAAUCAGUGGCAAAAUUGUUAUGAGUUUGUGUUUGUCUUGAUGAUAGAUAAAUGGCUGUACGGGCUUGAUUGUGUAGACGUACUUUGGCUAGCAAUGUAAUAAGAAAUGCUGACUAGGGAACAACAUUUGAUGUAAAAAAAAUGACAAACAAUGAAUUAAAACCACCAUUCAUUCAUCCAAGUCA